UUUUUGUUUACUUUUGAAAUGGAUUUAGCAAUCGCUGUCGAGUAAUUAGCAUUCCGUAAACUUCAUCCCAAUCAUUUGGUCAACGUCUCAUUAAUGAAGCGUUGCAUUAAUUUAAAUGUGGAUAGGUAAUAAAUAAACAAAUAAAAACAUCGCCGGUGAUUUGUUCUGGUGAUUGGACGUACCAUGCAAAAGGCAAAAGUAUUGUAUUUCCGUGCAGUAUUGCUUACAAUUUGACAAUUGACAUGUUUUCUCAUGACAGCUGAACAGUUCUAUUUGUAUAGCAGCAUGUCUUUAAUUUCCUGCAGGUGCAAAGUUUAGUUUGCUUUCAAAGGAAAGAAAUAAUUUUUGCGUCUCCUGGCACAAGUUAGACCGGGUCCGCUAGUUUCUUCGCUCUCAGUUAUGUCGUUCGCAAACACUGUUGUAAUUUUGGGUUUAUAUCUAUUUAAUUUUUGUAAAUGUAACGACUUGUACAGUGACAGAGUUUUAAACUAUGACGAGGAAACAUUCAAGAAAAAUAUUGGUGGUAGUGUACCUCAUUUUGUGAACUUUUAUGCUCCUUGGUGUGGCUACUGCAAACGUUUGAAACCAGUAUGGGAUGAACUUGCCGAAAAGUAUAAUGUUGAUUCAACUGUUCAGAAACUUGCUAUUGCAAAGGUUGAUUGCACUUCUGAUACUCCAUUAUGUGCAGAAGAAAAUAUUUCUGGCUAUCCUUCACUUAUAUAUUAUCCAGCUAAUGAGAUGAAAGGUGAAAAAUAUCAAGGAAAACGAGACUUAACUGGACUAGAAGAUUUCAUUUAUAACCAUUUAGGCAGAAAAGAAAAACAGCCAAAAGUUUCAUCAUCCAAGUUGGCAUCCACUGCUGAAAGCGUUGCAUUCGUUCUUAAUGAUGAAAACUUUCACAAUACCAUUGACAAGGGACUGCAUUUUGUCAAAUUCUAUGCUCCUUGGUGUGGACAUUGUAUGAAAAUGGCACAUGCUUGGGAAGAACUGGCAGAAUUUUCUCAAAACGAUAAAUCUGUUACCAUUUCAAAAAUUGAUUGCCCUGCUAACAAAAAAUCUUGUGCAGAGUUUGAUAUUAAAGGAUUUCCUACACUGUUAUGGAUCGUUAACGGGAAAAAGAUCCAGAAAUAUCAAGGAGGAAGAAAUUUAAUGGAUUUUAAGAGAUUUAUUGCGGACAUGAAAGCUGCUCAUAAGGACGAAAUUGAGAGUGAAGAGGAAGAAAAAGUGCCAGAAGAGACAGAAAAAUCAGAUAAUAUAGUUGUUGAGCUCUCUGGUGCAAAUUUUGAUAGUGCCAUUGCUAAAGAUUUCAGCUUUGUUAAAUUUUACAUGCCUUGGUGUGGUCAUUCAAAAAGACUUGCACCGGUAUGGAAUGAGCUUGCUAAAAAAUUUGUUAGAAGUACUGAAAUCAAAAUUGCUGAAGUUGAUUGCAAUCAAGAUGAGGAGUUAUGUCAGAAAUAUAAAGUUGUAGGCUACCCAACAAUGCUCCUGUUUAGAAAUGGAGAACAUGUUACAGAGUAUGUAGGUCCUAGAAAACUAGAAGACUUACAUAAUUUUCUACAAGACUAUCUUGUACAUAGUGAGCUAUAAAACAAUUACAUCAAGCAUAAACGGUUAUCAAGUGAGGCAUAUGCUCAUCCUAUCAAGAAGGGCUCAUAUGAAAAGGAACAAACUGUCACCUUCAUCAUUCUACUCGAUUUCAACAAAGAGUCUACAUAAAGAUAUAACUGUAAGAACCUGAUAUUUUAAGCAGAACUUUUAAUACCUUAUGUUUUAAUGAAUCAAGCAGUUGAAUAUCAAAAACCCAAACACACUCCUAUGAAGUUACAUACUGUGGCAAUAUGUACUGUAUUGUGUAUUAUGUUCGGAUUUUUGACGUCCUGCUGCAAUGGUUUUUGUGAAAUAUUUUUCGCAUUAAUAGCGAAAUUUGUUUUCCAUGAAAAUGUAUAUCAUUCCUAGAAAUAUUGUGUAGACUUACUUUCAUGCAUCUAGGACAAUUCCAGUGAACCAUUUUUUUUUUUUUUUUUUUUGCGACAUCAACUGAAAUUUUAAAAGCUGAUGCUUUAACUUCCAUUAAGCAUCAGUCAUUCCAUUUCAAAUCAGGCAGGCAGGUAUGAAAAGUGUCAUAUGACCAUCAACGAUUUUUUUUGAAAAAAAUACAGUAGUUACAACUAAGGGACAUAUGAAAUAUCCCAAAAGUAUUUUGCAAGAAAUUGUUUUUUUCUUCAGUUACAGCCUACUAAAAUUUUUCACAAAACAGCCAUUUUGGAAAAAACGAGCAAAACACUCGAUUUGAAAUGGACACUAUUUCAUAAGUAUUUAACCUAAUUGAAAUAUUUUUUUUUCUAAAAAUAAAUAAGGACCCAUAUAUUAUUUAGACAUCGUUUUUGAAACUUUAGUUAAGUUUUUUGAUUAAAAAAAAAAUAUGGCGAAAAAACUGCAUUUUUACCGAUUUUAUGAUUUUUUUCCUCCAUGAAAAAAGUUUUUUUGACUAAACAAAGAUGGCAGUCUAAAGCCUUUAUAUGAUGGUUUCACAAAAAUAAUAUUUUUCUUUAUCAAAAAACUUAAUUAAAUUUUCAAAAACUAUGUCUAAAUGAUAUAUGGGUCCUUAUUUAUUUUUAGAAAAAAGAAUUAUUCAAAUAGGUUAAAUACUUUUGAAAUAGAGUGUCCAUUUCAAACCAAGUGUUUUGCUGGUUUUUUACAAAAUGGCCGAUUUUGUGCAGAAUUUUAGUAGGCUGUAACUGAAGGAAAAAAAAAGUUGCAAAAUCCUUUUGGGAUAUUUCUUACUAGUGGCACCUGCACGGUUUUGUCUGUGGUAGAAAAUUAAAAGGUUUUUUGGUUCGCCUGCAUAUUUACAAAUAAUGUAUGAUGAAUUUCUCGCCAAUUGGCUUGCCCAUUUUACAGUUCCACGUUAUGAUAAUUUGAUAAUUUACUCGUCCAUCUUAUGAUAAUUUUUGCUUGGGAAAAUGUUCUUAAAAUUGGAAUAGAAAAAGAACAAAAUCGAAUUUUCGACAUGACUACUGUGAAUGAUGUUCUUUAAAAAAAAAACGUUGUCAUUACUUAAGCCUUUCUUUUUUUUUUUGGAAAAAGUUUUGUUUGAGAGCAAUAGCAUAGUAAAAUGCAAUAGAGGGAACUCAGUUGACCAAAGUUGGUUGAGGUUAAGAAUUAACUUGCAGGAACCUGAACAAAACAUUUUUCUUGAUUUUAUUCUUUCUUUCAUAAGAAUGUUGUUGACGUGCUCAUAGUUAAUAUAAACUUCAUGGAUUUAUGGGGUGUCAUUGCCUCGAGAGGUUGGACUUCUUUAUUUACUUCACAUAGAAGACAACACAAGAAAGAUUCACAACACAAAGAGAAGAAAUAACACCCAGGGCACCAGUAGAAAUCGAACCCAUGAACUCCAGUAUAUGAAGCAAAGCUUCUACCCGAGAGCCAUAUAUAUAUAUAUAUACAUAUUAUAAGAAUCAUAAUUGUUAAUGAAAGUUCCCCAUCGUGUUCUCUAUUCAAGCAGUUACCAAUACAAGUAUUCUUCUUCAAACAUUUUGUAAGUUAACUCCUUCUAUCCUAUUUUUAUUCAUUUUUGUUUAUAACUUUUUUUUUAGUGAUAAAGAAAUAGUAAUAAUGUUUUAACAACUUCAGUGUAAUAGUUAUUUUACCCUUUAACUGGAUAUGACAAAAUAUUUUGUCAUACUAUGUAGAAAAGCUUCCAAUGUGAAACAUGUUGCACAUAAGUUUAUUUUCUGACCAACUCUUGCAAUUCACUUGAAAGUGGUUUAGUUGAACUGGUUUUGAAGCUCAUUUUUUUAAAUUUUUUGUAUUAAGUUCAUUUUAAAAGUUUUGUAAAAAAAUUUCAUUUAAAGUUUACUUCAUUUAAUAUUUUGUGAACUAUUUAAAGAAACAUCUGAUUGCUUAAUCUUUCAUAGGAGUGGUUCUAUUUGCAUGUUGUAGUCUCAUUAUCACUUUCCAAGCAGCUUUUCUGAUUUUCAGUUGAUAAUUAUUCAAUCAAAUGCAAAGAUACUCAUGCAGAUGUAUAAAAGGCCAAUCUGAAAUUCAAAUUUCAAAACAAUAUUCAUAGCGUUUACCUGCCAAAUGUUUUUUCAUGUUGAUUUAGAUGAAAAUUACAUCAUCUGUUAAUUUUUGAAGCUAUAUUUUUAUGCAAUAAUUCGAUAAUUGAUCUCAUUUUCAGUUUUUUGUACAUAAACUAUCAUUUACAAAUUGUUAAAAUGACUUGAAAACUGAUUAAAUAUAUUUUGCAUACACCUGUUUCAUAAUUAUCUCUUUUUGCAUUAUGUUUUUGAUGUCUUGUCCACAAAUAAUAAAUGCCGGUACAGACUUAACAUGAGAAUUCAACUUUUAUCUGUGAACUAUAAUAUGUAUUUUAU